AUGUCCGCCGAAGACGACUACCCAGCCAGAAGACCAAAGGGCGGCCGGCCGUCCUGGCUCGACGCAGAGGACCUAGACGACUAUCUGUACUUGCAAGACCUGUUGGUGCGGAACCGCCGCAACCUGACGACGCACCGGCUGGAGAUCCAGAUCCGCAACUAUAACAACUCGCCGCUUUUGCAGCUUCCGACGGAGAUCCUUCUCCAGGUGUUCAAGCACCUCGAUAAAGUAGACUUGUUUUCGCUCUUGACCGUAUGUCGCGAGUUUUCCGAACUAAUUGUAGAGAUAUUGUGGUUUCGGCCCAACAUGCAGAGCGAUAAGGCCUUCUUGAAGAUCCGCGACGUGAUGAUGCUUCCUCGUACAGAAACACACUGGGACUACCGUAACUACAUCAAGCGGCUCAACAUCUCGUUCAUGACCAGCCUCGUCACCGACGACCUCCUAUAUUUGUUCGAGGGCUGUCCCAAGCUCGAGCGGCUCACGCUUGUCAACUGCUCGCAGUUGUCGCAUUUGCCCAUCGCCCGCGUGCUACAGCUGUGCGACCGCUUGCAGUCCAUUGACAUGACGGGCGUCCAGGAUAUCCAGGACGACAUCAUCUAUGCAUUGGCCCAGAAUUGCACGCGCCUCCAGGGGUUGUAUGCGCCCGGGUGCGGCAACAUCUCCGAGGAGGCCAUCAUCACGCUUCUCAAGGCGUGUCCCAUGCUUAAACGUAUCAAAUUCAACAACAGCGAAAACAUCACGGACGACACCAUUGCCGCCAUGUACGACAAUUGCAAGUCGCUUGUGGAGAUUGACUUGCACAACUGCCCCAAGGUCACCGACCGCUACCUCCAGAGCAUUUUCCUCGAACUCAACCAGCUUCGCGAGUUCCGCAUCAGCAACGCUGCCGGAAUCACCGAUGCGCUUUUCGAUCUCAUCCCCGCCGACCAUCAUCUCGAUAAAUUGAGAAUCAUCGACGUCACCGGCUGCAACGCUAUCACCGAUAGAUUGGUCGAGGGUCUUGUUCGGUGUGCGCCCCGUCUUCGAAACGUCGUUCUUUCGAAGUGUAUGCAAAUCACCGACGCGUCACUAAGGCAUCUCACAAAGUUGGGCCGUAGCUUGCAUUACAUCCACCUCGGCCACUGCGCGCUGAUCACUGAUUAUGGUGUCCAGGCGCUAGUACGUGCAUGUUAUCGUAUUCAAUACAUUGACUUGGCCUGCUGCUCUCAACUUACUGACUGGACGUUGAUAGAGCUCUCUGGGCUCCCGAAACUCAAACGAAUCGGUCUUGUGAAAUGCAACCUAAUCUCUGACUCCGGAAUUGCCGGUCUUGUCCGGCUCAGAGGCGAGCGCGACUGUUUGGAGCGUGUUCAUUUGUCGUAUUGUACGAACCUAACCAUCGGUCCAAUCUAUUGCCUACUAAAGACCUGUCCCCGUUUGACUCAUUUGUCUCUCACUGGUAUUUCCGCUUUUCUUAGACGUGAAUUCACCCAGUAUUGUCGCGAUCCGCCUCCUGAUUUCACUGAAAACCAAAGAUCUUCCUUCUGUGUCUUCUCUGGCAAUGGUGUCAGCAAAUUACGAAACUAUUUGGAUAAUCUUAUGCAGCAGAGAGCCUCCUUGCUAGAAGAGUAUGGCAUCACUGGAGAGUUCAAUCAACAAAGUCCUGCCAGAAGACGCAGAUUGCAGCCUAGAGAGGGAGGUGAAAGAGAGGGAUUUGAGGACGAACCACCAAAUGUAGCUGCGGCCUUCAAUAACUUCAACACUGUAUUGGCGAAUCCUAUGAACAAUGACGACGAUAUGACCACAUGGGCAGCUCACAGAGGUCUUCCUGAACUUGCCCGAUUGCGGGUGGAUCAACGGGCACGCGAGAUCAGACGCGCCGAGAUGAAUGGAGCGGAUCCACUGGCAAUGGCUCAAGAUCCUACAAGAUUUCUUCCUCAACCAAUGAUGGUUGCAGACCCCAUGGAGCUCUUCCGUCCAGAUAAUGCACCUCAGAUUGUCCAGAGCGCAGUCUUCGAUGAUGUGACCAUGACAGGCAACGAAGAUGACAUGGAUGUGGUAGACUUAUUUCCGCCUCCUAACUUCGAUACUGAGCGUGAUUAG